UAUAUACAGGUCCUGUCUUCUCAUUCAUCACAGGAUGUUCAGCAAAAUAAAGGUCACAGAAGGGGUGUUGGACAUCAAGGAGCUCAUACAGGAAAUAAACCAUAUUCAUGCUCAGAAUGUGGGAAAUGUUUUACUAGGAAAUCAGAUCUUGUAAAACAUCAAAGAACUCACACAGGGGAAAAGCCAUUCUCAUGUUCAGAAUGUGGAAAAUGUUUUAAUGUUCAAUCAAAUCUUGUUCAACAUAAAAGAUCUCACAUAGGAGAGAAGCCAUUUUCAUGUUCAGAAUGUGGGAAAUGUUAUACUCGUCAGCCAAGUCUUAUUAGACAUCUAAAAACUCACACAGGGGAGAAGCCAUUUUCAUGUUCAGAAUGUGAGAAAUGUUUUGCUCAGAAAUCAGAUCUUGAGCAGCAUCACAAAAUUCACACAGGAGAGAAACCAUUUGUAUGUUCAGAAUGUGGAAAGUGUUUUAAUAGUAUAUCACAUCUUAUUCAACAUAACAAAACUCACACAGGGGAGAAGCCUUUUUCAUGUUCAGAAUGUGGAAAAUGUUUUACUAAAAAAUCAUAUGUGGUUGAACAUCAGAAAAUUCACACAGGAGAGAAGCCAUUUCCGUGUUCAGAAUGUGGAAAAUGUUUUACGUGGAAAUCAGAUCUUGUUGAACAUCAGAAAACUCACACAGGAGAGAAGCCAUUUCCGUGUUCAGAAUGUGGAAAAUGUUUUACGGGGAGAACAAAUCUUCUUCUACAUCAAAGAACUCACACAGGAGAGAAGCCAUUUUCAUGUUCAGAAUGUGGGAAAUGUUUUGCUCAGAAAUCAUAUCUUGUUCAACAUCAAAGAACUCACACAGGGGAGAAGCCAUUUUUAUGUUCAGAAUGUGGGAAAUGUUUCUCUCUCAAAUCAAGUCUUCUUCAUCAUCAAAGAUUUCACACAGAGGAGAAGCCAUUUUCCUGUGCAGAGUGUGGGAAAUGUUUUACUCAGAAAUCAGACCUUGUUGUUCAUCAAAGAACUCACACAGGAGAGAAGCCAUUUUCAUGUUCAGAAUGUGGAAAAUGUUUUACUAAAAAAUCAUAUAUUGUUGAACAUCAGAAAAUUCACACAGGGGAAAAGCCAUUCUCAUGUUCAGAAUGUGGAAAAUGUUUUGCUCAGAAAUCAGAUCUUGAGCAGCAUCACAAAAUUCACACAGGAGAGAAGCCUUUUUCAUGUUCAGAAUGUGGAAAAUGUUUUACUCAAAAAUCAUAUGUUGUUGAACAUCAGAAAAUUCACACAGGAGAGAAGCCAUUUCCAUGUUCAGAAUGUGGAAAAUGUUUUACGUGGAAAUCAGAUCUUGUUGAACAUCAGAAAACUCACACAGGAGAGAAGCCAUUUUUGUGUUCAGAAUGUGGAAAAUGUUUUACGGGGAGAACAAAUCUUCUUCUGCAUCAAAGAACUCACACAGGAGAGAAGCCAUUUUCAUGUUCAGAAUGUGGGAAAUGUUUUGCUCGGAAAUCAUGUCUUGUUCAACAUCAAAGAACUCACACAGGGGAGAAGCCAUUUUUAUGUUUAGAAUGUGGGAAAUGUUUCUCUCUCAAAUCAAGUCUUCUUCAUCAUCAAAGAUUUCACACAGACAAGAAGCCAUUUUCCUGUGCAGAGUGUGGGAAAUGUUUUACUCAGAAAUCAGGCCUUGUUGUACAUCAAAGAACUCACACAGGAGAGAAGCCAUUUUCAUGUUCAGAAUGUGGAAAAUGUUUUACUAAAAAAUCAUAUCUUGUUGAACAUCAGAAAAUUCACACAGGAGAGAAGCCAUACUCAUGCUCAGAAUGUGGGAACUGUUUUACUUUUAAAACAGGUCUUGUUGUACAUCAGAGAACUCACAAAAGAGAGAAGCCGUUUUCAUGUUCAGGAUGUGGGAAAUGUUUUACUCAGCAAUCACAUCUUGUUACACAUCAAAGAACUCACACAGGGGAAAAGCCAUUUUCAUGCUCAGAAUGUAGAAAAUGUUUUACUCAGCAAUCACAUCUUGUUUCACAUCAAAGAACUCACACAGGAGAGAAGCCAUUUUCAUGUGCAGAAUGUGGGAAAUGUUUUGCUCAGCAAUCAGAUCUUAUUAAACAUCGGCGAACUCACACAGGGGAGAAGCCAUUUUCAUGUGCAGAGUGUGGGAAAUGUUUUACUCAGCAAUCAACUCUUGUUAAACAUCAAAGAACUCACACAGGGGAGAAGCCAUUUUUAUGUGCAGAGUGUGGGAAAUGUUUUGCUCAGCAAUCAGAUGUUGUUAAACAUCAAAGAACUCACACAGGGGUAAGGCCAUUUUCAUGUUCAGAAUGUGGGAAUUGUUUUACUGACAAAUCAAGUCUUGUUAGACAUCUAAGAAUUCACACAGGAGAGAAGCCAAUUCAGAGCAGUAAAUGAUGCAGAUAACACAUCUAUAUAUUAUCCAUGUACAUAGGAUAUCUGACAUUUAUACAUACAGUGAUCCCCCGACUUAUGAUGGCCCCGACAUAUGAUCAUUUCAACAUAUGAUGGCCUCUCAGAGCCCAUCGUAUGUUGAAGGCAGCCUCGACAUAUGAUGCUGCUGUGUGUCGGGGCCAUCGUACAAACAGCUAUCUGACAGCACUGACAACUUCAGCAACUGACAGAUAGUUGUUUAAUGUGCCCCGUUCUGCCUCCUAUUACUCACAUGCUGUCCUGCUAACUCACGGAGGCUUCCACUGUGAGCUCCGUGUAAGCCCCGCCCCCCCCAGUGCAGCCAUAGCCAAUAGCCUGCAGCAUCUUGCUGCAGGCAUCCAAUGAGCUGCUGGCUGCCCUCCCCUUCCUUUCCUAUAGAGCUGUAGUCGGCAGGAUGGUAAUGGAGGACAUUCUGUCCCCCCCUGAAGGUAUUUAAAGAACUGUACAGUCCUGUAUGCGAUGUCACACAUCACAUACAAUACAUAUACACACUAUACACCCCAUACAUCAAUGUUUCCCUAUCAGUGUGCCUCCAGCUGUUGCAAAACUAUAACUCCCAGCAUGCCCAGACAGUGAAUGGCUGUACAUGCAUGCUGGGAGUUGUAGUUGUGCAACAGCUGGAGGCACCCUGGUUUGUUAAACACUCCCCAUACACUCCACAUACAAUGGCCAUCCCAGAACCAAUUAGCAGUUUCCCAUAGAGAUAUGUAUUCAACAUACAAUGGUUCCGAGGCCCCAGAACCAAUUACCAUUUUUACAUAGACAUAUGUACUCGACAUAUGAUGGUUUCAACAUAUGAUGGUUCUCCUGGAACCAAUUAAUAUCAUAUGUUGAGGGACCACUGUAUAUCAUAUACUGCAUCUCCAAACU